AUGAAAUUUAUUGAAACAUGUUCAAGCAACAUGGAAAGACAUAACCUCACAAAGGUCUCAGAGUUCUACCUCAUGAGGUUCUCAGAGGACCCAGACCUGCAGCCCGUCCUCUUCGGACUGUUCCUGUCCAUGUACCUGGUCACAGUGCUCGGGAACCUGCUCAUCAUCCUGGCCGUCAGCUCUGACUCCCACCUCCACACCCCCAUGUACUUCUUCCUCUCCAACUUGUCCUUGGCUGACAUCGGUUUCAUCUCGACCACAGUCCCAAAGAUGAUUGUGGACGUCUCAACUCACAGGAGGUUCAUCUCCUAUGAGGGCUGCCUCACACAGAUGUCUUUUCUUAUCCUUUUUGCAUGUAUGGAUUUCAUGCUUCUGACUGUGAUGGCCUAUGACCGUUUUGUGGCCAUCUGCCACCCCCUGCAUUAUGCAAUCAUCAUGAACCCUCGAUGCUGUGUGUUAUUACUUUUGCUGUCAGUCUUAAUUAGCCUUUUUGAUUCUCAGGCACACAAUUUAGCUGCAUUACACAUUAUCUGUUUCAGAGAUGUAGAAAUUGCUAGUUACUUUUGUGACCCUUCUAGACUCCUUGACCUUUCGUGUUCUGAUAUCUUAAUCAAAAACAUAGUCACAUAUAUGGUUGGUGUCCUAUUUGGUGUUUUUCCCAUAUCAGGGAUCAUUUUCUCCUACUAUAAAAUUGUUUCCACCAUUCUGAAAAUCCCAUCAUCUGAAGGGAGGUACAAAACCUUUUCUACCUGCGGUUCUCACCUAUCCGUUGUUUGCUUAUUUUAUGGAACAAGCUUUGGAACGUAUCUUAGUUCAAAUCGAUCAUAUUCUCCCAUCCAGAGCAUGGUGGCCUCACUGAUGUGCACUGUGAUCACCCCGAUGCUGAAUCCCUUCAUCUACAGCCUGAAGAACAGGGAGAUUCUUAGCACACUGAAUUGGCUCCACCUUUGA